AUGUCGUCGAACGAAACAGCAACGACGUCUGCAACAGUAGCAAUAACUUCUACAGCUACAGUAGUGUCGGCUUUACCCAUCACUGUACAAGCUGCUUCUCAUAAUUCGCCUGCUUUUGUUAACAUGUCCGUCGGUGAGCUACUUCAGAAGCAGCGUCGCUUCGCAGUUGUAACAGUGCCAACAUCAAGAAGUGUAACAUCAUCACCAGUUGGAAUGGGGAAUCGAUUCCCAAUAAAGCCGAUAUCGCGUCAAUCUCUUACGGAUAAUAUGUCACAUUCGCCAAAUUGUUCGUUAGAUCCGACGAAAUUAAAGGAAGCCGCAGUAGAAACUUCGCAGCCUAAUGUAACACAGAAACCGAGCGUCGCUGAGACAGUUAAUGCAGCAGGUACUACUGAGCAGCCUCAUCUGGUAGCAACACCAGAAUCGACAUCGAUUCUUGGGUCUUUGCAAUUGGAUGAUCUCAUACGGCAAAUUGAUCCUACCUCAAUUCUUGAUGAUCCUGUAAAAGCUGUGCUUACUGAAUUUGUUGACGAUUUCGUUGAUCAGGUCAUUGAACGAUCAUGUAAGCUCGCUCGUCAUCGUGGUUCGGAUACGCUAGAGGCUGGAGAUAUUGAUUUCAUUUUACGUCGAUACUAUAAUUAUCCUUCCCUUCCGAAACAGGAAUCAAAAAUAAAAUCAGAGAGUACAGAGAAUGUUCAAAGAAACACCGAAAUGGCGGCACAUAAUCAGCGAAUGGCAUUAAUUAAGAAAAUUCUCAAAAAACCUUAA